AGGGACUGCGUCGGAGUUUGUCCAUUUUAUAAAGGAGUAAACAUUUGGUUCGUCGCCGGUGACAUUUUCCAAUCGAAUUGAAGAUAAGCUAAACGAAAGCAUGUCUUCUGAAGGCUUCCCUUCAUUUAUUUCAGCUCAGCUUCAGUAUCUCGUCAACCAUGCCCCUCAAACCAUCAAGGUUGAACAAGUAUGGUCUGGUUGCAAGUACUUGGGAAGUCUUGAUCGGUUCACUUUGCUAAUCCCUUACUGUCUCGACACAAUCAAAUGGGAUGUUUUAUACAAUGCGGACUUUCCACUGGCUGCACCUGAUGUUAUAUUUGGACCUGAAGACGAAGAGUUUCAUCCAUUUCAAGAUGAUAUCACCGCAGCCAAGAAUAGUUUAUCUGAUUGGAACAACAAAGAUCCCACGCGGCUUUUGGCUCUCAUUCAGGAAUUGAGGGAUCAGUACAUGUCCUACCAGAGGAAGCGUGUUGGAGAGGUGGAUGAUGAUAGAUUAAAAUUUGAAAUUAGUACUAUGUUAUCCAGGGAGGGUAUUGAAAUGCAUAUGAGUUCAGGUGUCGAAAAGCUAGAGGAAGUCAAAUUUGCUGUACCUCUUUUGGACAUGAAUAUAAACAAAAUGGUGGUUGGGUGUCCAUGGAGAUAUCAACAGAGGAUAUACUUACAGGUUAUAUAUCCUGUUAAUAGAAAGUAUGUUUCUGCUCCUUCAGCACCUCGUCUUAAAUUAAUGUCAACUGCUGAGUUAAAGUCUCUAUUUUCUAUUGAAGAUGUCAAACUACCUCCUUGGUUGGAUGGAAUGUGCAUGGCUGAAUAUCUUCCUCAUCUAGAAGAGUCCCUUGAGAGACAGGUCUUGGAGGCGGUCUCAUUAAUUGAUGUCAGGAGGCGGUUUAUUGAAGCAUUAGCCCCUCUGUUAGGAAGACCAGUAGAAACUGAUUCGGUAUGCAUUUCAGACUUUUUUUUUCCUAUGGCAAAAAUUUUAACUGUUAAUGUUACUGUUAGCUUCCUUUGGAUUUUAUUUCCAGGUUUUUUACAGAAAGGCUAUGUUUUUUGUUGCCUCUGGAGCUUUCUCAUUCCUGGUGCUAUUUUUCUUUUCUACACAGUUUCCAAAACAGCAGCCUGCUUUGAUGCUUCAAAGUUCCUUGUAUUUCAACUCUCAAAGUAUGCCGAUCAAGUCUCCUCUUCUAACAGAAUAUCCAUGGAGUCCAAGAUGGGAAGCAUCCCAAAUGGCUGAGCGUAUAUUUGAAUUUUUGGGGGACGAAUCUCUUAACUUCAAAAAAUACUGCAGCGAAGGUCAUCUUUAACAGUAAAGAAGUCCCAUGAAAAAUUACUGUUCUGCAUUAUUUCAAGUUGUGUAAAUCCUUUAACCUGAACUUUUGUCGUCUUCUAUAACAUUCUGGAUCAUGAUGGGUUCCUUUUGUCAAUAUAUUUUAUCGUAGAAUGGCCUUCCAUA